GGAUGACCCAACCUCCCCACUCAAGAAGAGUAAGAACUCCAUCCCAGGAUCCCCUAGCGUAUCUCCGGCCGACGCAACUCCCGCCUCACCGCUGCUUUGCUCCCCACCGCUUCACGCCCGCCAUGGCCUCAUCCUAUCAUCCUCCCUCUUCUUCUCUCUUUCGUACCCCCGGAUUCUGGGCUUUCUGCUCUCCCGAAGCCCUUUGUCCUCAGGCUUCGCUGCUGCCGAUUUCACUUCCGAUUCUACCUCUUAUUUGUUUUUUGUACCACCCUCGUCUAUCGUUUAUUUUAUUUUAUUUUUGGAUGAAUUUUUCCCUUUCUUAUUUCUUGUUUCCCCUCACCCGUGGUAAAUAGUCAAUUGUCACCAUGUCCAAUGUCGAUAUUUCCAGCGACGGCUUUAUCGGCCUGGAUUAUGACUCGAGAAACUACCUCCAGCCUCAGUCAUGGCCCGUGGCGGUGGACCACCAGGCCUCCCACCGAACAGAUGGAGCGCGAGACAUUUCUCCCUUGCAAACCAGCGGUCACGCAUUUGAACAGUCCGUAGCUCAGGAUACCAAUCUGAUGGUCGACUGGCAAUUUCAGCACAUGCACCCCCACCUUCAUCAGUACUCCCAUGAGGAGACCGUCUCCGCACCCCAGUUCACGGCCGCAAGCUAUGGGAUGCCUAUCCAGUCCUCUCCCAUUGAUUUAAUGUCCGCUGCACCUCAAGGGCAAUUGAGCGGAAGUCUCCUAGACGGUCCAUAUCUGCCUCUAUCAGCAUCCGUUGACAUGGUUCCGUUCCCUUAUCAAGAUCUCCAAUCUGAUCUGAUGACAUUUCCGUCCGAUGGCCUGGCACAUGGCCUACCAGAGAUGACCUCCUAUGCCGCGCCACACAACGUAAUAGACAGCAACUCGCCCGCGGACACGUACUUGGAAGUCCGUUCGUUGACCAGUUCGAGCAGCGACAAUGGCUGGAGCACCAUUGAGCCGCGCCGCUCUCAUGAGUACUUCCCAGACCAAGGUAUCUUCAUCAAUCCCACGCAGACGUUGCAUGACAGGAGUCUGUCGGAGUCAUCCUACUCGACAUCUUAUGGCAGCUUCGUAGAGAUAUCGAAUCCAGUCAACUCGCCCAGCUCGGACACCAAUUUUGACACUGCUUUUAACAACACGAUGACCCGUCGCGUGUCAUUCGACCAUACCUCGCAUGGCUCACAGUCUCCGACUGCAGUGAGCCCCGUGGCGAUUGUCCGACCGAUUCCUGUCCCAAUGAAGAAGCCUUCGUCGCCCACUCGGUCUACCGGGUCGCAGGCCUCGUCUACCUCUCCCCCGACAAGGAAGCCAUCUCGCAAGAGCCCUAUUGCCGCAAAGACUGCCGAGACGAAGGUUCGGAAGCAGUCGCAAACAGGAAAACCGGAAACCGAGAAACGUGUUGGAAAGCGGAAGGGACCGCUCAAGCCAGACCAGCGGAAACAGGCCAGUGAGAUCCGUAAGCUGAGAGCGUGCCUCCGCUGCAAGUUCUUGAAGAAAACUUGCGACAAAGGCGAACCCUGUGCUGGCUGUCAACCAUCACACGCUCGGUUAUGGCAGGUGCCUUGCACCCGUAUUGACAUCAAGGAAAUCGGCUACUUCAUGAAGGACUGGAAAGCUGACUACGAACGUCAUAUCUCUCUUGGGUUCUCAGUAGGCAAUAUCAAAGGAUUCUCAGAGCAUGAAAGGACUCUUUUCAUCACCCACGGCUAUGGACAAAUUCUCCCGAUCAAUGCUCGUGAGGUUUAUGUGCGCGAUGACCAAUGCUUCAGUGUCGACUGGGUAGAGGCGUACAACCGAGGGCCCACGCAGUAUGAGGUGGAGACAGCUAAGCUGUCUGCUGGAAUGGAAGGCAUUUCGCACGCUAUGUUGUCCGAUUACCUUGAUCGCCACAUCGAUGGAAACGGCACCUUCGAGAAAUUUGUUGAUGAUUACUUCGGAGGCACACCGUUCCUGACCCAGAUGCUGAAGACCGCGUUCCGGUUCUAUUUCCGCACGAAGAUGCCCGUGAUCCGCAAGGCUCUGAAGCUUAUCAUUGCCUACAAUCUGACGCUCCAUGUCACCAUGGUCGAGGGCCUGGGCGAGGAAGAAGGGCUUCUCGGAAAGAUUGAAGAUGAGACAUCUAAAUGGAAAGGCAAGACAUUAGCUCCAGUGAUGAUCAACUUCCAGAUCAAGUGUGCGAUGGCAAACAUGUGGCGUGAGCUGCAGAAAGACGUCUUGGAGGAGCUUUCUAGCCUCUAUUCCAGCGUCUACAGCGGAGAAAAGCUUAAGAACUGGCCAACCAUCUUCAUCCUGGCGUCAAUCCUUUUGGCCGUCUGGGAAGAGAUGCAGUUUGACUGCCACUACCGUACUCAGGAUGCUGCUGCUGUCGAUAAGUUCUGCACCGACAUGGAGACUACUCCCGUCGGAGUUAUUGUUGGCUUGUUCCAAGCGAUUUCGCAGAAGCUUCCCGCAUUCACCGAGUGGGAAACACAAAAGCACCACCACCUGCUGCUCUCGAAUCCGGAUGUUUGUAACACAAUGACUGAGGUCCGCCAACAUGUUACGCAAUAUGAGAGCUAUCUCCGUAGCCGCUCCAGUUCGAAGUUUGACCGCAACGACUUUGACUGUUUAUCGAAUAAGUUUGUUUCAAGACUUGUUGUCCGCGCCAAUUAAACGAUAAGUUAUGAGAAUGAUGGUACAUUGCGCUUGCUUUUCUCACGGCUUUGGAAAUGACGGCGUCUGCGCGGUAUGAAACUAUGAAGAUAUGCCGGCAUUUACGAUUAUGACUCGCAUUAAGCCAUUAGCGACUACGAUCGUUCUGUUCCUUCGUGUUUUUUUUCGUCUCGGUCUUCUACAUAUUUAUUUUAUUUUAUUUUUUCCUUUUCUGCCAGUCUAGCCCACAGCUUACUUCAUGUCUUGUUUGUUUUCUUUUCGUGCUUUCGACUUACACACACUCUCUUUUUGCUUCUAGUGGUAUACCUUUCUCGCACAGUAUUUAAACAGCGAUGAUGAGGAUCACGAAUGUCAUGAUAUUAUAUGGUCACGAAAUGUCUUCCAGCAGCUGCAAAGGAUGAGCGCAACUGAGUUGCCGACGUAUAGUGGAGGGGAGGUCCCGCUUCAUGAUGCUGCUUUUCUGCAUUUGUGUGGCUGAUUAGUGUAUGCGUGUGCAUGUGUGCAUUUGUGUUCCCUUUUGGUCUUUUUUGCCAUUAUUUGUUACGGGUAUUGUAUUUCAUCGGAGUGUGGGAAGGAUUGUGUUGGCAUGAAGUUCACCAAUGUUCUUGUUUUUAAUUCCAAAGCGUGCUAGCAUGCUGCACUGCCCUUGUUUGUCAUGAAGCGAGGGUAAAAUUAUGAUUCACAUACAGACAAACUUUCUC